AUGGCAGAAAUGAAGACCGACCAAUCGAUGUCAAUUGGAAUGCUGACGAUAACCGACAUUGAACACUCACGCAAUCUUCGGAAAACGAACGACGAUAUGGCACUUCAACGGGUUGGGAAGACUCCGGUUUUAAAGGUAUUCAAGCCCUCAAGCCAAUUACGGUAUCAAUUCUUAAUUUUUAAUCGAUAGCGUAAAUUUGGGUUUAUGGCAAUUUUGGGGUUUUGUUGCCUCGUCUUGAGUACAUGGUUGGGCCCCUUUAUUACUCUCGGGAUUGGACUUACAAAGUAAGCCACAGACUCUAUGUACCUGAAAGCAGAAUAAAAUUUUAAUAAGGAUUUCAGUGGAGGUCCUGCGGGAUUAUUAUACUCUUUCAUUAUUGUAUGGAUUGGCAAUUUACUGACAUUCGCAUGUUUGGCGGAACUUGCGUCUAUGUGAGUCUUCAGCCUGUUCCAGUUCUAGUUUGAAUUAAGUGCCAUUUACUAACCCAAAUCCUCUGAUUAGGGCUCCUACUGCUGGCGGUCAAUACCACUGGUAUGUUGAGUUAUUUCGUUUUUAGAAGUCAGCAUAUAUUGAAGCUUUCAGGGUAUCGAUUCUUGCUCCAAAAUCGAUUUUCAAGGGAUAAAGCUACGUCACUGGUAAGCCUCUCGUAGCCGAAAUAUAAUCGUCUGGAAAGAGCUGAUCAAGAAGUAGGUUGGAUUACAGUUACCGGCUGGCUGACGGGCGUUGCGUCUUCUGCAUGUGUGACAGGAACUCUGAUUCAGGGCUUCAUUGAGGUUGUCAAUCCAAAUUACUCCCCACAGCUCUGGCAUGCCAGUCUCCUCAUGUAUGCAACUCUGGAUUUUGCGGUCUUCUGCACUAUCACAAUUGGUACCUUUCUGCCAAAGAUGGAAAUCGGUCUACUCGUUUUGUAUAUAAUUGGGUUCUUUGCUGUUCUCGUACCUCUUGUUUACCUUGGACCUCUCGGAGAUGCAUACUUAGUCUUGGUACCUUCGCCAACAAUGGUGACUGGAGUUCUUUGGGAAUUUCUUUUUUCGUUGGAAUAAGUGGGAACGCGUUCACCUUCUUAGGUACGUCUAACUGCUCGUAUUCAUUGACUCAGCUAAUAUCGUGAACAGGAGCAGAUGCAAUCUAUCAUGUAAGUAAAUUUUAUGUACCAAGUACCGACUCCACACUAACCUCUUUUGCAGAUGAGCGAAGAAGUCCAUGAUGCAGCCGUCGUAGUACCAAAAUCUAUGAUCUGGUGUAUCAUUGUGAAUGGUGUUGUUGGACUUUCAAGUUAUCUUGCGAUACUAUUCUGUGCUGUUGAUCUGCAAGCUGCACUGGAGUCCAGGUUCAUAUAUGCCUUCAUCGAAAUUCUUGAACAAGCUCUGCACUCCACGGCGGGGACUGCAAUUAUUCUAGUGAUCUUCAUUCUCAUCGACGUAGGUCUUGUGGUUGGUGUUAUGGCUACUUGCUCAAGAAUGGUGUGGUCAUUUGCUCGCGAUCGUGGUGUUCCAGGCUGGCGGCGUUUAAGUAAAGUAAUCGCAAAUGAAUCCGAGCCCAGACGUCUUUUUCUAACAUAAACAAAGGUCAACUCUAUUACAGCGAUUCCCACUGCCAGUAUCUUAGUAUCCGCUAUCAUAUCCGUUCUUAUUGGCCUGAUCACUAUUGGCUCAUCCGUUGGUUUUAAUGCUGUGAUAUCCUUGACGGUCAGUAGCCUUUACGGAAGCUACUUCAUGGCUUGUAUACUACUUCUCUAUCGUCGCCUUCAAGGAUCGAUUGUAGCGCCAUCGGAAAUGCAGUCUGAUGGACAAGACAAUCUUCCUGGAAGCGCAGGAAAACUCGUUUGGGGACCUUGGAGGGUUCCUGAGCCCCUUGGCACGAUAACUAAUGCUGUAGCAUGCAUUUAUCUCGUUGUUGUUUUUAUAUUCAGUCUGUUUCCACCAGCAACGCCUGUGACAGCAGUUACUAUGAACUACUUCGUUGUGGUUCUCGGAGGUGUGGCUGUCCUGAGCGGGGUCUACUAUGUUUUCUGGGCUCAUAAAACUUUCAAGGGGCCGGUGAUUGAGGCGAGUAUUCACUGA